AUGGCAACGGGGGCCUGUUACUGGAGUGGCAAUGGUACUUACUGCUGCCCUUGCCUUGGCCGAGGACAGUCUGAUGAGUCCGAGUAUUCAUCGACCUGUUGCCCGGAGUGUGGACAUCCAAUCAGUUACCAUUUCAGACUGAGGCGUAAGCUGUUCCUUCUCUCUGUCAAAAACAUUUUUAACGCUCUUUUAGCGCACCCGUCAGAUCCUACUGCUAGUCAGGUCCUCCACCCAAGACAUCAAACCGUGAGAAAGCUUUCCAAACUCCUUCAUGAAGAAAGAGUAGUGCUUGCUCGUGGAACUCCGUCAUCGGGAAAGUCCUUUCUCGCCAAAUCUCUGGAUAUCUUCCUCCGUGGACAGGGGGUGAAAUCGAUUUACAUGGCCCGUUUCCCUCCUAGAUUAGAGGGUGGUCCCACCGUGUUGCAAUCUCUGGUAGAGGCCUGUAACAUGUGCGGUUUUGUGGCAUUCACUCACGACAUUAUCCGCCACAAAUUCGUCUUUCUCAUCGAUGACGCACACACAACCUACAACAACUCUGAGUUGUGGUUACUUCUGCAUUCGGUGAAUCAAGAUCGCCUCAAGGGCAUACCAGGGGCCAGCUUCUGUAUUUUCAGUGCAUUCGGUACCCCAGAUAGGGGUGUUAUGCCACAUAACAUGGGGAGUGACCUGUUGGUAUUCAACAAAAGUCAACGCCUUUUCCUGUCCGAUCGUUUUACUAAGGAGAUCACCCUUUUCUACACCCCAAAGGAAUUUGAUCUCUAUGUCAAAAUGCAUCGCCAGGGUCGAGGAUCCGACUACAAAAUCUGCGAAGUUUUGAAACAUUGGAUCUAUGGCUUGACCGAGGGCCAACCUGAGUUGAUGGACGCAUUUAUGCAUCUCUGCGACAUGUGGUAUGAGGCAUGGUACAAGAAAUAUGGCGUUGACUUCAUGAGCUUCGAUGACUAUGAAAUUAGUCAAUUCUUCCAAGUUCGCGGCAUGCUGGAAGCUACAAUCGCGGCAAGUGUAGACUUCAUUGGUCUUCCCCUUUCGCCCGAAACCUUUUUCCCUCCUGAACAGGAGUUUGAGGUUCUUCGCCAGGCUCAUCACACCGCCGCUCAAGGCCUUUUGUUUGACCCACAAAGUGAGGCCAUGUUAUCAUGCCUCACGAAAGGUUGGCUGCACAUGGAAGAAGCCCGGGAAGGAGGGUUCAAAUGUUACUUUCCAACCACGUUUCACGAUCGACUCGUGGAAUACCUAAUCGGAGUCCAAGAGCUCAGAUAUCCCACCCCGCCUAGCUUGAACAGAACGGAGCUUGAGCUGAUGAUGAAAAUGCAAAACAUGACAAUUUCCCGAGGCCGGAAGAAGAUGGAUGGUGAGCUGGUGGGAAGGCUAUUUGACUCGCGCUUGAACCACACACGAUCCUUGCAAGUCGUGAGGGGCUUGCUGAAUUUAAUUCUAUGA